UAUAUCAAUAAAUAGUUUAUUUUCGAAAGAGAUUCGCCUAUAACUAUGUUGUCUUUUCACUAACGUCGUACUUCAAUAGUGAUGCGCUGAGCUGGACGCGCACAGAUGUAAAUCCAAAAGCGGGACUCAUGCGCACGUGAAAAAUGUUUAACAUAUGCUUGCCAAAUCCACGAUAGUAAUUAGUUUUCAAGCAAGUACUCUAAACGGAUCGUCCAACAUGCAGAUGCCACGAAGUUUUGAGCAAAGUAAACUUCGCCGGUUUAGUACUUUGACCGGUACUAGCGUCAAUUGCAGUGCAGUCCAUCAGCGAAUACGGGCCGCAUAUCUUGACGAUUACAAUGGGGAGGAAGAUGAAGUACUAACCAGACGCGGUUCCUGGUCAGGAAGGUUUGAUUUCUUACUUUCGCUACUGGGGUAUUCUGUCGGGCUUGGCAAUGUGUGGCGAUUUCCCUAUUUGUGUUACAACAACGGAGGCGGUGCAUUUUUAAUUCCAUUCACCGUCAUGCUGGUGAUCGCUGGUUUACCUCUGAUGUUUAUGGAACUGUCCUUAGCACAGUAUGCAGGUCUUGGGCCAGCGGUACUGUUUAAACGGUUAUCCCCACUGCUACAAGGGCUCGGCUUGGGGAUGGUUUUGGUUGCCGGUAUUGUAAUGCUUUACUACAAUGUUAUCUUAGCUUGGACAUUAUUCUACAUGUUUGCUUCGUUCGAGAAACCGCUACCCUGGAAGGGUUGUGAUCAUGCCUGGGCCAGCAAGCUCUGCUAUUCUUACGAAGACGAAAACAAGUGCCUCAGUGAAGAUGGGAUCUACUAUAUGCGGGAAUGCUUCGCCAAUACUAGUCUGAUCGAGAAUUUUGUAAAGAUGCCUAAAAAGCCACCUGCCGAGGAGUUUUUCAAAAACUAUUUUUUACAGCUAUCACCUGGCAUCGAGCACACCGGAAACAUUAGCUACACCUUAGCGUUUUCCCUGCUGGCGGCAUGGCUCAUCGUUUUUCUCUGCCUCUGUCGUGGAGUAAAGUCUUCCGGAAAGGUCGUCUACUUUACGGCUCUCUUUCCAUACGUCGUUUUAGUGAUGCUCUUCGUGCGGGGUAUAACGUUGCCCGGAGCUGGAAAUGGCAUCCGUUACUACCUGGAGCCGGACUGGGGCAAAUUGAAGAGUGCACAGAUCUGGGGUGACGCAGCCGUGCAGAUCUUCUUUGCCUUGAGUCCAGCCUGGGGUGGUUUGUUGACGCUGGCUUCCUACAACAAGUUCACCAAUAACUGCUACAGGGAUGCAAUCAUAGUGGCUACAUCGAACAUACUGACGUCGUUCUUCGCAGGGUUUGUGAUAUUUUCUAUCCUUGGUUUUUUGGCCCAUGAAUUGGACACCGAGGUGGGAAGCGUGAUCGAUCAGGGUGCCGGUCUGGCGUUCGUAGUAUUUCCAGAAAUGGUGACUAAACUGCAGAUGCCAAUGUUCUGGUCGGUGCUGUUUUUCUUCAUGCUACUCACACUCGGUCUGGAUUCUCAGUUUGCUCUAAUGGAAACGGUAGUGACCGGUAUCUUGGAUACGUUUCCCAAACUAAGGCGGUGGAAGCUGCGAGUCGUGUUUGGGGUUGCCGUCGUUGGGUAUGCGGGGGGAUUGGUUUUCAUUACUAAUAGUGGCAUGUAUUGGUUCCAAUUGGUCGAUAAGUACGCCGCGAAUUGGUCCGUGCUGCUGAUCGCUAUCCUCGAAUGCAUUUUGGUAGCGUGGAUUUACGGGUCACAUAGGUUCAUUUGUAAUAUUGAGGAAAUGAUUGGAACUCGGUCAAGAUGCUUUGUGCUGUUCUGGAGCGCUAUUUGGAAAGUAGUCACUCCGGCUACGCUGUGUUUCAUCCUGUGCUUUAACUGGAUUCAAUACAAACCUGUGUCCUAUGGUAAAUACAGCUAUCCGGAUUGGGCAGAUAUCGCUGGGUGGAUUAUUGGGUUACUUCCCAUAGCUGCCGUAAUAAUCACAGCUUUGUACAAGUUUUUUUCCUACAGCAGUAACGACUCCAUAACAAAGCAAAUCGCAAUCCUACUUAGACCAACCGACGAGUGGAAGGCGGCCCGACCCUCACUUUACCAUCUCGAGUAUGACGACCAUGGCAUUGAAAUCUAACCCUGGUUUUGCAGGCUAAUAAACAUCAAGACGGAAGGUACGUAGCAGUGUUCACUGUUCAUUGUAAAGUAUCAUAAAGACCUGGUUCAACAAGAAGCACCAAACAACGUCUGUCCGGAGAUAAGAUAAAUCAGCGAAAAAACACCGCCGCCAUAACCGUACAGUAUCAUGUACCACGUCAGCCACUAGCGGCCAGUCAACUCCACCGGCUGAUUACCAAAAUAUGGACGUCAUCAAGAGCCUAAGGAAACGAAGCGAGCUGUUGAAUAUUUCCAAUACUUCAAAAUUCUAGUUUUAUUCACACCCCUGCUUUGUGUUUUUAGUCCGAUCACAAAUAAAUAUAUAUAUGUAGGUAUUCAAUUUUUCUGUUUUGUCAAUUUUUUCGAUAUAUAUCGACUCCAAUUAUCGUCUACCAGUAAUUUGUUUGCAAAACACUGCCAAAGUAUGAAACGGGCAUCUAAUGUUUGAACGCCGUACCUAAUCGUUAUCGAGCAGGUUUCCAACAAUUUUGUUUGUUUUUUUUUUGUUUUCAAAUGUGCAAGUUUUGGCCUACCGAGAAUAAUAUCCCGGAUUUGCUCAGUUUUUUUCUGUUCUGUUUUCGAAGACAGGCUUUUCUUUGCUCUAAAUUAUACAUCAGUUUCCUACGUAACUAGAAGUUAAUAAAAGGAAAGAACUCACGCUUCCUAUGCGGAAACGAAAGGCGAGGAAAAAGGAUGGCUAGCAGAUGUGUAUUAGUAAGUAGCUUUGUGGAUUUUACCUGGCAACAGGUGCCACCACUUGGGAACGGAAUACAUCUUCCCGCAUGGGUGCGUGCUAUCUUAUGAUACAACUGUUUGUUUUGCUAGAAAAUGUACACAAUUUUUCUUUACAAUCUUCUUCAAUAAAUAUCGCUAUCUACAGCAAGGUUUAUUCUGUGUUUGAUUUGCUGUUUAUUAUUUCUGGAUUACCAUAUGAUUUCCUAUGGUUCUUAUAUAGGAUUAGUAGACUUGAGUACAUAGAUGACUUUUUUUGGUUUUUCUUUUAUUUGUUGGCAUUUCUACUCUCAGAUUUUACAGUUAUAUAAAUCGAGAUAACGAUAUUAAUGAGUUUUUGUUUACUUUAUGGGGGUGUGAUUCUGCAACAAUCGAUGUUUGUUGUGUGGUUUGCUUAAAAGUUCACUAACUGUUAGUAAGGUAAGUUCAGGUCUUUGAUUUCACUGUAUUAGUAGUUAUGAUACCUCUCAGCGCUAUUCAAGUUGAACGAAACGAAAA